AUGCCAGGGUCUCGCCCGGAUGACCUUUUGUACGAAGACUUCAGAAAAACGAAGACCCCGAGAAAGUUUUUCACGCUGGGAAAGGUCUUUCAGACCCUGUGGAGCGAAGCGGCCGACUCAGCGAAUGAUGUUAGGAGCCGGGCCUUCACCAUCAACAGCUUUGGGGAGCCAGUGCACUCCAAGGUCCGACGGUUUGUUGUUGUGAAGGAAGGACAACUGUCAUGCAUUGCUGUUCCUGUCACCAGCUAUGGCGGCAAAGGAGUGGCGAAGCGUGGUGUGAAGAAGUCAGACCAUACCAUCAUCCAUUGUGGCAAGAAGGCACCCUUGCCGGCAGCCGACGAGCUUCCCAAUCCUGCACUUCGUGAGGCUGGUAUGCAGCCUGAUCCAAUCAGGGUCGAUCCUGAUCUGUCUGACAAGAAGCUCGACGAGAAAUCGCGAGUUGACUUCGCGAAGCCGUCGGUCAUUCACCACAACGUCAAGGUUAAGAGCUUUGGAAUGGUGAACAGAGCAUCGCUGCGCCACCUUCAUGCGCAGUACCGAAACGUCGCGCUCGAGGAGACGCCGAAACCCGCUCCUACAUUUGGAUCACGCAGCCCCAGCGGCGCUUUCGCGGCCACUACGCACUCGCAAAGCGAGUCCAUGGAUACCUACCGGCGGGCGUAUCACUCGCUCAUCACGAAUUAUUGGGCCGCCAGCGAAGCUUUGGCUGUAUUGGCACCGUACAAAGCUCUUAUCGAUGAGGCUGCUGAACAGCGGAGGUCGUCGGUUUCUGCUCCUGCUACUGGGAGCAUGCUAAAUGGGGUGGAUGAGGAAGAUGAGGCUGACGAUGCUGACGCUGGGGAUGGUGCAGCGUAUCGUGUGCAGUAUAGGGGCCAGUACGAAUAG